AUGGCCGACAAACAGCCGGUGAUCAUCGUUGGCGCCGGCCUCGCCGGCCUGGUCGCGGCCUUCGAGCUAUCCCAGCAAAACGUUCCCACGCUCGUCCUCGACCAAGAAAACGCGGCCAACCUCGGCGGCCAAGCCUUCUGGUCGCUCGGCGGACUGUUCUGCGUCGACUCGACAGAGCAGCGGCGCGCGGGCAUCCGCGACACCCGCGAGCUGGCGAUGCGCGACUGGUUCGGGUCGGCGCGGUUCGAUCGCGAGAAGGAGGACUACUGGCCGCGUAAAUGGGCCGAGGCGUUUGUGCAUUUCGCUACGGACGAGAUGGAGAAGUACGUCAAGGCCCGCGGGCUUGGGUUCAUGCCGAAUGUUGGGUGGGCGGAGCGUGGGGAUGGACGCGCGGAUGGGCAUGGGAACUCGGUACCUAGGUUCCAUAUGACGUGGGGUACGGGCCCGGAGGUGGUGCGGGUGUUUGCAGAACCGGUGAAAGAGGCGGAGAAGAAGGGGAUUGUUGAGUUUCGGCAUCGGCACAUGGUGGACGAGGUGAUUGUGGACGACAAGACGGGGCGGGCGGUAGGUGUCAAGGGCCGGCUGCUGGAGGAGGACGAUGCCCCGCGCGGCGUCAAGUCGUCGCGGAAGGUGGUGGAGGAGUUUGAGAUUCGUGGUGCGGCCGUGCUGGUGUCGUCGGGCGGGAUCGGCGGGAACGUCGAGAAAGUCAAGGCGUGCUGGCCAGUCGACCGGUUGGGCGGCCAUGUGCCGAAGAACUUUGUCAUUGGCGUGCCGGCGCACGUCGACGGCCGCAUGAUCGACAUCUCGGAGACUGCGGGAGCACACAUCAUCAACCGCGACCGCAUGUGGCACUACACCGAGGGGCUGGCGAACUGGAACCCGAUCUGGCCGGGCCACGGGAUUCGCGUGCUCCCGGCCCCAUCGUCGCUCUGGCUGGACGCUACGGGCAAGCGACUCCCUCCGUUUCUGUUCCCCGGCUGCGACACGUUGGCGACGCUGCAGCACAUCUGCCGCACGGGCUACGACUACACCUGGUUCAUUACGACGCAGUCCAUCGUGGCGCGUGAGUUUGCGCUGUCCGGCUCGGAGCAGAACCCAGACAUCACAAGCAAAUCCAUCUGGCAAGUCCUCAAGCAGCGCAUCUUCAGCUCCAAGGGCACCAUCCCCGUGCAGAACUUUGUCCAGCACGGCGCCGACUUCGUCGUCCGCGACAACCUGGAGGACCUCGUCAAGGGUAUGAACGAGCUGAUCGCAUCCGUACCCGGCGCUCCCCAACUCGACCUCGCCGCGAUCCGCAACGUCAUCGAGACCCGCGACGGGCAGUUCGCCAACACCUUCUCCAAGGACGCGCAGGCCAUGCUGAUCCACAGCGCGCGCACCUACUGGUCGGACCGCCGCAGCCGCAUCGCAGCGCCACAUCGGCUGCUGGACACGGCGAACCACGGCCCGUUGAUUGCUGUGCGCAUGAACCUGCUGACGCGCAAGACGCUGGGGGGCAUUGAGACGAAUCUGGAUAGUGCUGCUAUGCGGGAGGAUGGAAGUGUGUUCCCCGGAUUGUAUGCUGCGGGCGAGGCGGCUGGGUUUGGGGGUGGGGGUGUGCAUGGGUAUAGUUCGUUGGAGGGGACCUUCUUGGGGGGGUGUAUCUUUUCUGGGCGGGCAGCUGGCAGGGCGAUCGCCGCGGAGGUGUUGCGUGGUGAUGAGGGAGUGUAA